AAGAGAAAGGACUUUACAAUCGCGUGACGUCACACUCGACCCUCACAUCUUUGUCAGUGAACAAAAUGGCAACCUACUGUCUGACUGUGGCCCGGCUCCAGCUGGUCCUGGGUCAUGGUGCCCGGCGCCUGCAUGUAUCGGCCGCUUACAGAGCCAAGGCCAACGUGGCCAUGAGCCGCUUUGAGCCCACUUCCUUCAUCAACUAUGAGAAGCUCCAUAGCAAUGUUGAAAUUGUCCGAAAAAGGCUCAAUCGUCCUCUCACUCUGUCAGAGAAGAUCGUGUACGGCCACCUGGACGACCCCCACCACCAGGAGAUCGACCGCGGUCGCACCUACCUGCGGCUGCGACCCGACCGCGUGGCCAUGCAGGACGCCACGGCCCAGAUGGCCAUGCUGCAGUUCAUCAGCAGUGGCCUACCAAGGGUUGCCGUGCCCUCCACCAUCCACUGCGAUCACCUGAUCGAGGCCCAGAUCGGCGGAGUCAAGGAUUUGGCCAGGGCAAAGGAAGUGAACCAGGAAGUCUACAACUUCCUGUCCAGCGCUGGAGCAAAAUAUGGAGUGGGCUUUUGGAAACCUGGCUCUGGAAUCAUCCAUCAGAUCAUCCUGGAGAACUACGCCUACCCAGGAGUGAUGCUUAUCGGCACAGAUUCCCACACACCAAACGGCGGCGGGCUUGGCGCCAUCUGCAUCGGAGUGGGCGGAGCCGACGCUGUAGACGUCAUGGCUGGAAUCCCCUGGGAGCUCAAAUGUCCCAAGGUGAUCGGCGUGCGGCUGACCGGCACCCUGUCCGGCUGGACGUCUCCCAAAGACGUCAUCCUGAAAGUGGCGGGCAUCCUGACGGUGAAGGGAGGGACCGGCGCCAUCGUGGAGUACCACGGACCGGGAGUGGACUCCAUUUCCUGCACUGGAAUGGCCACCAUUUGCAACAUGGGAGCAGAAAUUGGAGCAACAACCUCUGUGUUUCCAUACAAUCACCGCAUGAAGACCUACCUGGAGAAAACCGGCCGAGGAGAGAUCGCUGCUGUGGCUGAUCAAUUCAAGGACUUGUUGGUACCAGAUGAAGGCUGUGAGUACGACCAGAUCAUCGAACUCAACUUGGACGAGCUCAGGCCUCACAUCAACGGGCCGUUCACCCCUGACCUGGCGCACCCCGUGUCUGAGGUCGGUGCCGUGGCAAAGAAGAACGGCUGGCCACUGGAGGUCAAAGUUGGUCUGAUCGGCAGCUGCACCAACUCCAGCUACGAGGACAUGGGCCGGGCCGCCUCCCUGGCCAAACAGGCCCUGGACAAAGGCCUGAAGUGCAAAGCUCAGUUCACCGUCACCCCUGGCUCUGAGCAGAUCCGUGCCACCAUCGAAAGAGACGGAUAUUCAAAGAUCCUCAGUGAUGUUGGAGGUGUGGUUCUUGCCAAUGCAUGUGGGCCCUGCAUUGGACAGUGGGACAGGCGGGAUGUGAAGAAGGGAGAGAAGAACACCAUCAUUACGUCCUUCAACAGGAACUUCACCGCCAGGAACGACGCCAACCCUGCCACUCAUGCGUUUGUCACCUCUCCUGAGAUCGUCACUGCUCUCGCCAUCGCUGGGACGCUGGACUUCAACCCAGAGACAGAUUACCUCACAACCCCUACGGGAGAGAAGUUCAAGCUGGUGCCCCCCACCGGAGAUGAAUUACCGGCCAGGGACUUUGACCCAGGGCAGGACACCUACCAGCACCCUCCAGGCGACGGCACCAGCCUCUCGGUGGACGUCAGUCCUCAGAGUAACCGGCUGCAGCUGCUGGAGCCUUUUGACAAGUGGAGCGGAAAUGAUCUGGAAAACAUGCUGGUCCUCAUCAAGGUGAAGGGGAAAUGCACCACAGACCACAUCAGCGCAGCAGGACCCUGGCUGAAGUUUCGUGGCCAUCUAGAUAACAUCUCCAACAACAUGCUGAUCGGUGCCGUCAACAGCGAGAACGACGCCGUAAACAAGAUCAAGAACCACUUGACGGGAGAGUACGGAGGAGUCCCUGAUGUGGCACGACACUACAAGGCCAACGGCGUGUCGUGGGUCGUGGUUGGAGAUGAUAACUACGGCGAGGGCUCCAGCAGAGAACAUGCAGCUCUGGAGCCCAGGCAUCUGGGUGGAAGAGCCAUUAUUGUCAAGAGCUUUGCCAGAAUCCACGAAACAAACCUGAAGAAGCAGGGCCUGCUUCCCCUCACCUUUAGCAACCCAUCCGACUACGACAAAAUCCGCCCCGACGACAAGAUCUCCAUCAAGGGACUGCAAUCCUUUGCACCAGGAAAGCCCCUGACAGCGGUCGUGACGCACAGCGACGGCAGCCAGGAGACGCUGGAGCUCAACCACAGCUUCAACGAGACCCAGAUCGAAUGGUUCCAGGCGGGCUCGGCCCUGAACAGGAUGAAGCAGCUGCAACACUGAGCCGUGGAGGGAGGGAAACAGGGUGGCACAGUUUGGGAGGAAACAGAAUGUCAAAUAACCAUUUCAUCAUCAGAAUUAGCUUGCAGCUUUCACUUAAGUACAAUUACCAGGAGUACCUUUAAAUGUCAAGCUAAUGAUUUUGAUGGAACAGUUGAACUUCGUCCUGUAAUUGUUAUCUUUUAAUCCUCAUUCAGCAACAUUAAGCAUAUUUUUUAAAUGAUGUGAGGCUGCUGUAUGUUCCUCGAGCAGAGAGUACCAGUUAUAGAUCCACACACACUCUUGACACAAUAAGCUGUGACCUGACCCGGGACAGAGUGAACGCUGACCCCUGGUCGCUAUUGCAGUUGUGUAAACAAGUUUGCACAAUGUUGAGCAGCCGCCCGGUCAGCUGAACAGUCACUCUGUUGCUUUUAGGCUCAUCUUUACAAUGGUUUCUUCUAUUUCUGGACUCGUUAACAAACCUACGGAACCGUAGCAGAACAUUAAAGGAUAAACGGAACUUUCUCCGUCCGAGACCAGAUACUUUCUCGUGCGCAACAGAUGGCAUCUCCUGCGCUCGAGACGCUACGAAGUAUUCUCCGCAUACUUGAUACCAUCUCGUGCGCACCAAAUAUCUGCUUCUCGCGAGAUGGUAUGUGGUUCGCGACAUAUUACCUGGCGAUAAUGACACAUUGAUUAAGUGGUGUGUAUUCGGUGCGCUCGAGAAUGUUUAGUUUUUCUUUAGUCCUUCAAUGUCCCGCUACGGGUUCUGUACAAACUUGUGUUACGUCACACGGACCUAAAAUAAACUGUCACACUUAACGCUCGUUUUUUCUGCCCUCUGGUGGCACAAAGGCGGUACUGCAGAGCAUCGGAGCUGCAGCAGGCAGACCUGUUAUAUGUAUAUGAAAGGAACGUAAAGAUGACUCGUGAGACGUACUGAACGUCAGAUUGCUGUAUAUCUAACAGAGUUAGACCAGUAUGGGUCGUUUUUAUAUUUAUGUGUUAGUUGGUUUGCAACACAGCACAGCAGCGCUUCAUUCGCUUUAAUACGCUGUGAAACUGUUGUAACUCUUCCCCUAUGCUUCCACUGCUCUCAUGAUCACUUCCAAUGAGGACAAGCGCAUGAUGUUUUCUUUUCUGCUGUUAUGUAUUUAUAAUAAUUUUUCUGCAGCAGCUCCAGGCCCUCGUCAUUUCACUCACAGGGUAACCUUGCAGCUUGUGUUUUUCUUUAUGUGCAUCUUUCAUAUUUUUUUUUUAGCCCCGCUGAAAUAAUUUAACAGAUUUUCUUGAGCAAUGAGAAUUUUAAGAAAGUCAUAAAACUGUUCUUGUUCUGAGCUUUUGUUUAUAUACAAAGAUAAUUCCCAGCAAAACUUGUAGAUUUGGGGAAUGUUGGGGGGGUCAGUCAGUCAAAUCAGAAAAAAAAAAUUUAAUUUUUGGAUUUAUUCUGCCAAUCAGACAAAGGCUCUUCCUUGUAACCACUCCAUGUAAAGUGUCUGACUCUGUGUUUGUUUUGCUCCCAGAUGAUCUUUUCUGUACAACAGAAAUUAAAGCAGAUUGUAAAAUAAAAAUCCACUGAUAUAAUUUC